CCAGAUCCCAAACUCUCGCCAUUGCUUGCCUGUUUCCUUGUGAUAUCAAGCUAUGUUUCUCUUUGAAUGUGUUAGCUCCGGUCUUUACACUGCUGUCACUUUACUGAGGAGAAGAAGGGCAAGGAACUGAGACAAGUGAGCCACAACUGGGACGACAAUUUACAGUUGAGUUGCAGUACUUGCCCAUCACCUGAAAAAGCCUGUCAGUGCUGGGCCAAUUGAAAUUCAUGAUUGAGAUCAACAUCUUUGUUGAGCAAGGUUAUAGAGGAAGGUUGAUUUGAGAUAUAAGCCAACCAUGAUCUAAUUAAAAGUGGAAUGAAACCAUUGAGUUAUUUCGAGCCAAGAUGCCCCUGAAGAAGCAUCGUCUUCACUUCCGUACUCAUGAUCGCUGCUUUACUGCCUCAGAAGGUGUUGAUUGGUUACAUGAAUUGCUUAAAAGUAAUCACAAUUUUGGGCCUGAAGUUUCUCGUUUUCAGACUGUGCAGUUACUCAAAAAGUUCUUAAAAAAUCACGUGAUUGAAGAUAUAAAGGGAAGAUGGGGGAAAGAAGAUUUUGAAGAUAAUAAUAGAUUAUACAGAUUUCCUCCAUCCUCUCCUCUGAAGCCUUACCCAAAAAAAACAUCUCAUUUAAUUUGUGACACACGUCCUAAAUUUCCAAAUUGGAAUGACUAUGAUAUUCCAAAGCCAGGCCCUGUCCCAGUAAGGCCUAUAAUUUUGAAUUCUGACUUGUGGCAAAAGCGCCACAGCAUUGCAAUUGGAGAAGUUUCAGAAUGUAAAAUUGUACAUCGGGAAGAGGUUUCCCAAGGAACUGUGGAAGAAAUCUGGAAAUCAAUGACCCUAGCACAUUUGCAGAAGAUUCUAGGGCUUGAUUCUCUGGAUGGAGUGCUGGAUUCUAAACUGCUCAAUCCUAAGCAUAUCAUCUAUAAUGUUCACCACAUUAAUAAACAAGGAGUAGUAAUUCUAGAGAAUAAACUGGAAGAGCUUCCACACUGGGUUCUGUCAGCCAUGAGGUGUCUGGCAAAUUGGCCAAAUGGAAGUGAAUUGAACCGACCUAUGUACUCCGGGUUUGAAAGAGAUGUGUUCAAGACAAUAGCAGAUUACUUUCAAAAACCAAAGGAGCCAUUGCUGACAUUUGAGUUCUAUGAACUUUUCAUUAACAUUUUAGGUCUUUUGCAACAAACGCAACAUGGUAUUGAAGCACUUCAAGUUUGUUGUCUUCUUUUGCCCCCGGAAAACCGAAGAAAGCUGCAGCUCCUAAUGCGAAUGAUGACUCGAAUUGCUCAAAACGCUGAAAUGCCACUGCUUCAUGAUGCUAUUGCAAACAGAAUGUUGAUGAUUCAAACCUUCUCUCGCUGUAUCCUGUGUUCAGAAGAUGAAGUUGACCUUGAUGAAUUGCUAGCUACUAGACUUGUCAGUUUCAUGAUGGACAAUAACCAAGAUAUUCUGAGAGCUCCCGACCAUCUGCAAAGUGCAGUAGAGGAACAUUUAGCCCACCUCCGAAGAGUUCAGAUAAAAUACGCAGGUGCUGAUGCUGAUGCCACACUGGCUUCCUUCACAUCUUGUCAUCAGAUUGGUACUGAAGAUUUCAAAGAACAGAGAAGUUCUCAGGUUGCAGUUGCAGCCCUGCUGGAAGAAAUAAUAAUGAAUAAAAGCAUGUCUGUUAAAGAGAAGAAGAAGAAAUUAAAGCAGUUUCAGAAAUCCUAUCCUGAUGUUUACAAAGGCCGGUUUCCAACGACUGAGAGUGAGGCAGUGCUCUUCCCUGAGAAACCAAAGUUCAAAUCACAGCUCAUGUUUUUCACAAUGAAGAAAUCAUUCCAGCCAUUUCAUAGAACCCGGAGUUUCCGGAUGUAAAAUUUUAUAUCUGUGGCAAGCUGCUGCUGCUGUGAGACUUUCUUGGUUCCUGCCCUUGGUUUUCAAUUCUGUGUCUGUGGAAUUUGGAGAUCCUUGGUGCUAAAAAUGUUUGUUACUUUGUAUAACAUGCAGUAAUUUUAGUAGAAUUCUCUAAACCCUGUUACUUAAUGAGUAUAAAUAGCUGAGUCAAAAAUUUAGGAAAAGCCAUUCACUUUACAAGCUUAUCCAUUGGAUACUGUGUAUAGAAAGUUUCAAUUUGAUCAAUAACCAUUAAGUAUUAAAGGCAAACUGUUUGGCAGAGCAGAAAUGUAAUCAAGAAUGUUAUGCAUCUAGCUAUUGAUGAAUUGUUGGCACAUUUUGGGCCCCAUUUUCAGUGUUAAUUUUUGUGCUGAUUUAAUCCCAAUUGGAAAUUGGCAGAAUAGCUCUCUCUUUUGAGGGUACAGUUGUUGAUGGGGCUGGAUUAGCAACCUUGAAGUUAUAAAUUCAAAUCCUGCAAUAGCAAGUUGUGAAAUUGAAUUUAAGAAUUUGGCAAUUUGUUGCCUGGCACCAGAGCAAUUAAAUGAAAAUUGUUGGCUUGUCAUUUUAACAAAAAUAUACUGGUUCACUAAUGAUCUUCAGCAUCUGUGGAGAGAAAAGCAAAGUUAAUGUGUUAAGCCAAUAAUCUCUUGUCAGAACUGCAAAAUGUUUAUAACGGGUUCUUAAGCAAGUACCGAGGCACUGAAAGUAGGGGGGGAAUAAGAAAGAACAAAAGGGAAGGUCUUUAAAAUGGUGGAAGGCAAGAGAGUUCAAAUGACAGAAGGGAACGAUGAUGCAAGGUGAAAGAUGGUAAUGGGACAGGUAAAGAAACAAGGUGUAAAUGGGAAUAGCAGAAUCGUCACCAAUAGUUGCCAUGUAGAAAAAAUGGGGACAUAGGUUGUGAUCUGAACUCUACGUUGAUUUCAGAAAGCUAUAAUUUGCCUGAUUGAAAGGUCAUCUAUUCCUCAAGCUUACACUGAACUUCGUUGGAAUCGUGAGGGAAGCCAAGGACAGAGAGGUCAGUGGGAGUGGAGAAGAGAACGAAAAUGACAGGUGGCUGGAAGCUCGGAGUCACAUUUGUGACUCAACAGAAUGGGUGAUUGCUGUGCAAACAAUCUGCAUUUAGUCUCUCUAAUGUAGAGGUGGCUACAUCAUGAGCAUUGAAUACAGUAUAGAAAAUUGAAGAAAAAUAAGUAAAUUAUUAUUUCACCUGGAAGGGAGUGUUUGGGACCCUGGAUGCUAGAAAAACUAGACUUAAUCUCCUAAACUUGCAUAGGAAGGUGCUGUGGCAAGAGGGGGGAAAUAUUGGGAGUGAUUGAAGAGUGAACCAGGGUGUUAUGGAGGGAAUGGUCCCUCCCUGAAUGCUGAAAUGGGAGCAGGGGGAAAGAUGGUGGUGGCACCGCACUGGAAAUGGUGGAGGAUCAUCCACUGAAUGUAGAGUCUGGUGUGGUGGAAGGUGAAGGCAAGGUAAACCCUAUUGUAGUUCUGAGAGAGAACAGAAGGCUGAGAGCAAAGGUGUAGGAAAUGGAACAAACACAAUUGAGGGCCUGUCAGCCAUGGUGGAGGGAACCCUUGGUUAAAGAAAAUGGAAGAUACAUCAGAAGCACUGGUAUUGAAGAUAGCAUCAUCGGAACAGAUGCGAUAGAGACCGAGAAAUUUGG